AUGGCAUCGUCUCCCGGGGGGAUCGUUCCUGCCCAGCUGGGCUUCCUCGCCGUCUUCAACCCGUCCUUGGGUAACACGGACGACACUCUUGACGACCAAAUAGUAUACUACGCCUCCGUGAGCACUCAGCGACAGAAACGCCGCCAUCGUUCUCGUAGCAAACCUACUGAGAACAUAUCUCAAGAAGAACGCAAUGAGCGACUUCGUCAGAUUGGCCUUGCCCAGGGCAUGGUAGAGUUCAGCAAAAGCUUUUCUGGCGGCCAGCCUGUCGAUUCUAUAGACACGGAGAAAUCCCGCGUCGUCCUCCACGAGUUGGAGCCAGGUUGGUGGAUUCUUGCUUCUAUCGAUCUAACCCGCAUCCCUCUACCACCUAAGCUGCAGCUGGGCAAGACCAACGAAACUCCAGAGGAGGUGGUCGAGUAUUCGUCUAAGGAGAUCAAGCCCGCUACUCUUCUGUUGCAAGAUCUACUGCGUGCUCAUUCCAUCUUCCUGCUACACCACGGAACCUCGCUCAGCGCUCUGUUUGUGCGUUCUCGUAGACCCAGGUUUCUCAGUCUCCUCGGCCGUUACUGGGAUCUUUUCCUGUCGACUUGGAAUGUAUUGCUGCAGGGCAACCCGGCACGUACAAUCUUCGCCGGCAUCAACGUUGCCGCGUCCGGCGAACUAGGCAUUGGCGUUGGCGAAGAGGAGCGGGGUAGCGGAGAACGGGAGGUGCUAGAAGGCCUCGUUGGGAGAAUAGAUGGCCUCGUGGACCUCGUAGUCUCCAAGUUUGGGUCUGUUGAGGCCGACGGUGAAGCCAAAGAUGGCAAGGAUCCCAAAAGCUCGUGGUUGGGUACUGGGCAAGACCCCGGCCUCGAGGACGGCGCCAUCUUCCUGGGGACGGGCGCGUUGUCUCGGAAAUCCGUGCGGGAUGUGGCGCAUUGGAUGGAGGAUCUUUACACCUGGGGUGAAAAUGCCUACGGUGUCAUUGAUAGUCCUACAGCUGUUCGUCGCUCUCGGAGGACGAAGCAACCAUCGGUAUCGCAAACAACAAAAGCGAAGGUCCCCCCGGCUGUAGCUGCGCCUGCGCCCCCGCCCGUGCGGCCGCCCGCCCGCCCGAAUACCACCCGGACAGACUCCGGCUCCGGGUCUGGGGAAAGCUCGAGGUCUACGAUGACGCUUGCAGAAAGGCGAGGGCGGGAAAUAGGCACCGUGGAAGAGGCCAAGCGACCCGGGUCUAGCAAAGACGAGGCAACUGCGCAGGAGGAAGGCGACGGGCAUCUGGACAAGCUGAUGACAGUCAUGAAGCUUGGUUACGGCACGUACUGGUCCAUCGGCAAGUCUGACGCCUCCUCUUCCGCGGCGAAGGACGAACUGUCCGCCCUCGCAGCACACCAGACUGGGGAGAUUUCCAAAAAUCCCUUUGGUAAAGCACCAAAACCCAAGGCCAUGGACGACGACGCCGGCCACUUUCUUAUUGGGUUAAUGGGUGACGUUGAGGACAGCGGCGACAGUGAUGAAAACGAGCGGGGCACUGGGGCCGAGAACCCGGAUGCCGUCGAGUCAAAUUCCCGCACAAUGCUUCGCACCGUCCACGUUGAGCUCGAGAAGACAGGGAAGGAUCAGGCGGAGGCGGCCUUUACUAAGGACCUCAGCAGCCUUACGAACGAAAUCACGCCUCUCGGUGCCAACGCUGUGACCAGCAACCCGCAGUUUGGAAACCAGGACUCCAAUAAGGCGAGCAAGCUGCGUGUCAUUGUUUACAUCAACAAGCCCUUCAUCUUCACCUUCUUGUUUGAGCUGAGGACCGACUCGUUGGCUUUGAACUCGUUCUACAGAUCCCUACACCACCAGCUCCUACCCCUUCGCAAGCCUCUUCUGUCGUCGAUCCAAUAUCGACCCGAACGGCCGAAUAUCGGUUCUGCGACGGGCAGUAUCUACGACCUUGUGUGGGACGCGCAGGCCAUGACGGUGCACUCAUCGAUACCCAACAUCCCCGACCACACUCAGAUGUCCAACCCGAACGCGCAACCGGCUUGGUCGCGCGUUGAGGCUAUGAACACGCACAUGCAGCUGCUGAAUCUUUUCAACAUCACACGGUCCGAAAUCAACGAGCUCGAGCGGACUUGCAAGACGAACCGUGGGUGGUGGGUGGUUUGGUCACGCAUUCUCGAACGCCUGGCGGCCGCCGAAUCGACAUCAGAGGUCGACGAGGGGCAGCAAGGCCAGCAAAUGCUAGAGACUGACGAUUCCUCGCCGACGAGCGGAUCUGGCUCAGACACGCCGGUGCCCAAGAAGGCUUCGCCGGCACCUACCAAGGUCAGCAAAGAGAUCUUUUUGAUCCGCAGAGCCAGCGACCAUGCUGGCUACCGUGGCGUGAGCUCGUCCUUCGCCGAGGGCGGAACGGGGUGGGGGGACGGCGCGGGCCGUCUUGCGUCGGGGAUUGGCAUCGAUACCCGCAAGUACAUCGAAGGCUUGUUGAACUUUAGCCGGUAG